AUGGUUUUCUAUUUUACCAGUAACGUUGUGUCUCCACCGGUAACACUGUUUAUGGGUGCUGAUAAACAUGAAAAUGAAGAUUUGAUAAAAUGGGGUUGGCCUGAAGAUGUCUGGUUCCAUGUUGAUAAAGUAUCAUCUGCACAUGUUUAUCUUCGCCUGACUCCUGGCCAAACUAUAGAUGACAUACCAAAUUCUGUACUAGAUGAUGCAUGUCAGUUAGUUAAGGCUAAUUCUAUUAUGGGCAAUAAAAUGAAUGACAUUGAUAUUGUAUAUACCAUGUGGUCGAAUCUGAAAAAAACACCAAGUAUGGAGGCCGGCCAAGUAGGUUUUCAUAAAGAUAGGGAUGUAAGAAAAGUAAGAGUUGCCAAAAGAUGUAAUGACAUUGUAAACAGGCUCCAAAAAACCAAACGAGAAUCAUUUCCAGAUUUAAGACAGGAAAGAGAAAAUAGGGAUAGACUUGAAAGGGAGGACAAAAAGAAACUACUUAGAGAGAAAAAGGAAAAAGAAAAAGAGGAAGAAAAGCGAAAAAAGGAAGAGGCAGAACUACGCAGUUACGCAACUCUGAUGAAGGCUGAAAAUAUGACAACUAAUUAUGAUGGCAAUGAUUCAGAUGAGUUUAUG